UUCCUCGAUUUUUGGCACUUUUGUGGUGGUCGUGGCAGUCAUUUGACGUAACUGGGAAUAAAGUUAAAAUUAGUUAAUAAGAAAUGAAGGUUUCAUUGUUACUUUUUGCUCUUGUAGCAUGUGUUACUUCCGAAGUAUAUUUCGAAGAGAAAUUCGACGAUGAUACUUGGGAGAAGAACUGGAUAUACAGCAAGCAUCCCGGAAAAGAAUUCGGAAAAUUUGUUAGAACUGCUGGAAAGUUCUACAAUGAUGAGGAUGCAGAUAAAGGUAUCCAAACUUCCCAAGACGCCCGUUUCUACGCCCUCAGUAGGAAAUUUACCCCUUUCUCAACGGAAGGAAAGAACUUGGUCAUCCAGUUCAGCGUCAAGCAUGAACAGAAGAUAGAUUGUGGAGGCGGAUAUGUUAAAGUAUUCGACUGUUCACUCAACCAAGAAGAUAUGCACGGAGAAUCCCCAUACAGGAUCAUGUUCGGCCCUGAUAUCUGCGGACCCGGCACUAAGAAAGUUCACGUUAUUUUGAACCACAAGAACCAAAACCAUCUCAUCAAUAAGGAGAUCACCUGUAAAGAUGACGAAUACACCCACGUAUACACCCUCAUCAUCAAACCCGACAAUACUUAUGAGGUGUUGAUCGAUGGAGACAAAAAGGAGAGCGGAAGCUUGGAAGAUGACUGGGACAUCCUGCCACCCAAGAAAAUCAAGGAUCCAGAAGCCAAAAAGCCUGAAGACUGGGACGAUCGCGAGACCAUCCCAGACCCAGACGACAAGAAACCAGAGGACUGGGACAAGCCAGAGCACAUCCCCGACCCAGAAGCCACCAAACCUGAAGAUUGGGACGAUGAGAUGGACGGAGAAUGGGAACCACCAAUGAUCGACAACCCAGAGUACAAAGGGGAAUGGGCACCGAAACAGAUCGACAACCCAGCUUACAAAGGACCUUGGGUGCAUCCAGAAAUCGACAACCCAGACUACACCCCAGAACCUAACCUAUACUCGCAGAAAGAAAUCUGUGCCAUCGGUCUGGACUUGUGGCAGGUCAAGUCGGGAACCAUCUUUGACAACAUCUUGAUCACUGAUGAUGUAGAUUAUGCAAGUAGUGCCAUCUCGAACCUCAAGUCCACCCAAGAGGGAGAGAAGAAAAUGAAAGAAGAACAAGAUAAGGCUGAGAGGGAAGCAGCAAAGAAAGAUGAGAAGAAAGAAGAGGAAGAAGAUGAUGAAGAUGCCGACGAUGAAGAAGAGAAAGUUCCACCAGUUGAGGAGGCAGAUCACGAUGAAUUGUAAAAAAGUGUAAUUUAAGAGACCUUUUUUUAUACAUUACAGUGUGCAGUGCUUGGUUAAUAGUGUGUACUGUUUCCUUUGACUGAUUUUUUGUUAAGGUUGAGCAAUCUUCUAAAUAAAUCGAAAAUUUUU